AGCAUUUCUUUAUUCUUGCUAAUUGAGAAAUGGCAAACCGGACGAUUAAGACAUGAUGGGAAUAGCAUCAUUUUUUUGUUAUACAUACUAGGGAAAUAUCAUGAGAAAAAUAUCAUCAAUGGAAUUCGAAUAAAAAGAUAGACUCAUUCAUUUUACUAUGAUGAUCUUCUCAACCGGUUUACGGUAAAUCUAGGCUUUUAUCGGAUGAAACUAUUAACCCAGCCCAACUAAAACGUCAUGAUAACCCCCACUAUCCAAAGUGUAUUCUAGGCACAGUUAGGGAGAGAGAGAGCGAGAGCGCGAAACUAAGGCAAGACACUACACUCCAUCACAUUCCUCAAAUUUCACCAUAGAUCAAAAUUGUACCUGAAGGGUCCCUCCACAAAAAUCGAUUGAUCAGGUACGGAACUGGGGAGCUGGAUUUAACCUUUCAAUUGCUACACAAAGAACAUACGGACUAUUCUGCACCUACUGGUACUUGCUCGAAAUACUGUUGUCGAUCGCAAACCUCGGUCCCAGGUCGUCGCAUAAUACAAAGUGUUGGUAUAUCCAUAGGAAUUUCCUCUCAGCACUGGCCCCACCGUCGCUCUCGGAAACAAGUAUCUCAAGGUUCGCGACAACCGUAUGGCUACUGUAGUCAGUUGCUUCUAGUAAGCCCGCGAAGGAAGUUCUCAAUAAGAGGCGCAACGACAUUCUUCUCCUAGCACCCUCGCUCAGAAUGGCUGAAACCACAGCGGCUGCGGCUGAAGAAAGACAAUUCGUGGCUCAUUUCAACCAGAAGCAGCAUGUUUUCCACCCGAAAGAGAUCCAGCAAAAUUCAAGGGAUAAAGAAUUGGGAGCAAGUUCGGGGAGCUUGAGUGUGCGAGAUUUUGAAUUAGUGAGAACGUUAGGAACUGGUAAAGUUUCCCUGCAGAUGAUAUGUGUUGUGCUGUGUAGCUUAAUGACGGAGCCUGCAUAAAGUAUGCUAAUUGAUUUUGCUUGAAUAGGCACAUUCGCUCGCGUGUACGAUAUUCACCCUAAUGACCUCGCUUGAAUAUUUCUGAUUUUAUACCGUGUAGCUGGCUUGCACGUCUUGCGAACCCCGCAGAAGAGGAUCGCGAUAAGGUCUUCGCGUUGAAGGUCUUACGGAAAGUCGAAGGUAGUGUCAAGCUGUAAAAAUGGAGCCGAUUCCAUUUACUGACAUUGUCUAGUCAUCAAACUUAAACAGGUUGAUCAUGUCAAUCAUGAGCGUUCAGUUCUUGCAGAUGUUGCUGGGCAUCCUUUCAUUACUACAUUAAUUACUUCUUUUGCUGAUCACGAUUCAUUGUAUAUGCUAGUAAGUUAAUCAGGUCCUCCCAAAACCUUCUAUCUCAUUGUCAAUUAUCAAUCAGACCCCCCCGGGGCUUUUUGUCUUAAGUAUUGAACUAACUUUUGUUUCUACUAAGCUUGACUACUGCCCUGGAGGUGAAGUAUUUUCUUAUUUACGAAAAGCCAAACGAUUCGACGAGAACACAGCACGAUUUUACGCCGCCGAAAUAGUUUUGAUCCUUGAAUUUUUACAUGAGCGGGAGGGCGUUGCAUAUAGAGAUAUGAAACCAGAGAAUCUGUUAUUGGACGCUGAGGGACAUAUAAAACUGGUUGAUUUUGGAUUUGCAAAACGUUUGGGAAACAGUAAGCUGCGUUCAUUUGAGGACUGUGCCGGCCGUUUAUUAACAAUAAUGAAGGGGAAACAUAUACCUUGUGUGGUACACCAGAGUACCUUGCGCCAGAGGUUAUUCAAUCGAAAGGCCAUACAACAGCCGUCGACUGGUGGGCUUUGGGUAUAUUGAUUUACGAAUUCUUGACGGGAUAUCCACCCUUUUGGCACUCGAACCCGAUAGAGAUUUACAAGCAGUACGUAUCUCACUAUCGUUUCCCUAUUUUCUCUCAUCAAUUUAGACAUCAUCUAACACAAGAUCCGGCUAGAAUUGUUAGCAAGCCAGUCUCUUUCCCCGCGGAACCUGCUAUCUCAUCUGCCGCGAAAGAUAUCAUUCGCCAAUUUUGCACAGUCGAUCGAUCACAUCGUCUCGGAAAUAUAUCUGGUGGCGCAGCACGAGUUAAAGAUCAUCCAUUUUUUCAGGGGGUGAUCUGGGAAGAUGUAUACUACAGGAAAUACCGUGGUCCUAUUAUACCCCCUUUGAGAUAUCCAGGCGAUGCUCAAAAUUUCGAUUUGUAUCCCGAUGAAAAAGAAGGAAGAGAACCAUACACAGAGGAGCUCGCGGCAAAAUGGGACGAUUGUUUCAAGGAAUUUUAGAAUAUUGCCCAAAUGUGGGUUCAUACGUGAAGGGCAAGGUAUUAUUCGGCGAAUGUUGGGGCGAGGAUGGGAUUGGUGUAUGGCUGUAUCAAUGGAUUGGUUUGCGGUUUUAGAUACUGCAAAUGGCGUUCUUGGGGCGAUACAGGGUCGGUUAAAGAGAGGUCGGUUACAGAGAAUCAGGGGGCAUAUCAGACAUCGCUUGUACACUUUCUAGUGGGGAUAAAAUUAAAUCCUGGUAUAUAUGGAUGAGUUUUUUUCAAGCUUGAACUUUUAGGGCCAAUCAAGCUUAGAGAAGCUUAGAGACUUUACAAACAGAUCUUUGACAUCCCCAUUUGAAAUGUGGAUUUUCGAAGUGGUGUUAAUUUUACUCCGUGCAAAUCCGCCAGUGACUUAUUCUUU